AUGCAUCUGGCAAACGGUGAACACACUCUGCGUUAUGGCGGGGUAGCGCAAGAGAAGACAGAGGUUAAGGUCAACAGCAAUGGGACUAUGGAUGUGCACGAGAGCGGUUCAUACACCAAUAGGCACACUCAGACGGAUGGCCAUUCCACCGAAUCUAACGAGGUGGAAAUCACAAAUCUCAAAGAUCAAUCGCUGGAUGCAGUGCUGGACGCUGUCCUCACAGCGUGGACUAUCCUCGUUCGAAGAUACCAAAGAGACGGAUUUCACCGGUUCUCGUGGGGCAUCAAAGGCGCUGGUUUUGACAAGCGCCAAUGCAUACCAACUACGGACCUGGAUUUGCUAAACCACAGAAAUGCUGCAAGUCUGGCGGCAAAGCUCCGCGACGUGAGACUGAAAGAUGUCCCACUAGACGGAACCACUAUUUUCUUGAAUGACGGCACAAAAGACGAGUGGACUUUCCAGGUCUCGAUCGAUCUUGGAAAGAGCCCGUUACAAGCGACCUCAAGAUGGCAACCGCCGAAUAUGUCUCGACACCAGGCUGUGUCUGAACUGCAAUUUUUCUCUUCUAUCGUUGAUACCCUUUCUCGCGCACCUGAUACCCCGAUUUCCGCCUUCCUCACCAUCUCAGAGUCUGAGCUCGAUGAGAUCUGGAACUGGAACUCCCCAUUACCUCCAGACCUGCAGACAUGCAUGCACGAACUGGUGGCAGAGCAAGCUGAGAAGCAACCCGAGAAGAAUGCGAUCGAAGCCUGGGACGGAAACCUGACCUACAAGCAAGUCGACGACUACUCUACAUAUCUGGCGCAAAUCUUGCAUUCCUUGGACGAUUCGCCAAAUCAGAUCAUUCCAGUUCUUUUCGAAAAGUGCCGGUGGACUAUUGUUGCUGUGCUUGCGAUCAUGAAAGCAGGCGCGUGCUUUUCACUACUCGAUCCAGCACAGCCAGAAGGCCGCCUACGAACAGUCGUCCAGCAAGUCAGUGCCACUACAUUCAUCGCCUCGAAAUCACAGGCUUCGCUCGCUGCGCGAAUUGCACCUCAAGCCACCAUCAUCCCAGUCUCUACAUCCAAGUUCGAGAAGGUGUAUGGACCAUAUGCCGAACAGCAGCCGAAGACGACUCUACCGAAAGUGUCUCCGUCAGCUGCUCUCUACAUCCAGUUCACCAGUGGCAGCACAGGUUUACCCAAAGGUUGCCUGAUUUCGCACAGUCAAUAUACGUCUGGUGCGAUACCGCGAGCAUUCGCUGUGGGCUACCGACCGUAUUCACGAGUGCUUGACUUUGCCAGUUACGCUUUCGACGUGUGCAUCGACUCCAUGCUUUGUACAACUGCCCAUGGUGGUACUCUCUGCACACCUUCCGACGAACGUCGAAUGAACGACCUUAGCGGCGCUAUGCGAGAUAUGGGUGUUACCUUAGCUGGUAUGACACCCUCAGUUGCUCGUACUUUGGAUGUGGACAUUCUCGAUCACCUCGAUUCGAUCGCACUUGGUGGUGAGGGCACGUCGGCAAGCGAUGCCGCUUCAUGGGGUAAGAGGACAAGGAUCGUCAACGCCUAUGGACCAUCAGAGUGCACAGUCGGUGCCACGAUCAAUGGCGAUGUUGGAGCUAAGCCAUACAUCACGAUGGGUACCGGAACAGGUGCUGCAAUCUGGCUUGCUGACCCCGAGGAUCACAACAAGCUUGUUCCUGUCGGUGCAGCUGGCGAGCUGCUCAUCGAGGGUCCUAUUGUCGGAAUGGGUUACCUGAACAACCCAGCCAAGACUAAGGAGGUUUUUAUUGAAGACCCUGAGUUUUUGACUAAGGGGAGCAAGUCUUUUCCUGGCAGAAGGGGUAAGCUUUACAAGACCGGUGACCUUGUCCGUUACGACCCCGAUGGUUAUGGCGAAGUCAUUUUCGUCGGUCGCCAGGAUCAGCAAGUCAAGCUUCGCGGACAACGUAUCGAGCUCGCAGAGAUCGAGUACAACAUGCAGAAGCACUUGCCUGCUGACACCCAGCUCGCCGUUGAAGUCAUCAAGCCUGGCGGUACUGGGGAGCAGACACUUGUCGCGUUCUUGGUUGAGCAGAAGAAGAGUGGGAUGCGCCACCUUGAUGGCCAAGUAUUUGGCAGCUUCUCGAACAAGUUCCAGACUGCCCUCCAAGAGAUGACGAAGCACCUCUUUAACGACCUUCCUGGAUAUAUGGUUCCGAGCGCUUACAUCCCUCUCUGGAAGAUGCCUCUACUCGUCUCUUGCAAGACUGAUAGGAAGAGGCUGCGCGAGAUCGGUAACGUAGUCACUCGUCAGGACCUCCGACGCUUCAACGCUCUCCUUUCUGAGAAGAAAGAGGCCACUACCGAGAUGGAGCUCAAGCUGAUCCCCGUAUGGGCUAAGAUCCUGGGUGGCGACGCAGACUUCAGCGCCAACGACAACUUCUUCAGUAUGGGUGGUGACUCGCUGAGAGCGAUGAGGCUCGUGCCUGCGGCGCGAGAAGAGGGCAUCAUCUUGACGGUUCCGGACAUCAUGCUGAACCCUACUUUGUCCGCCAUGGCCGCUAAAGCCAGGCCUCUGUCCGAAGAGGAUACAAGCGAAGUUCUUCCCUUCUCUAUGGUCGGUCAGGAUUGGGAUGCUGAGAAGUCCAGACUCGAGAGUGCUGAGCUUUGCGGUGUUGAUGCCUCGAAUGUCGAAGAUGUGUACCCUUGCACACCUCUGCAGGAAGGUUUGAUGGCAUUGUCAGCCAAGUUCCAGGAUGCUUACGUCGCUCAACGUGUCGCCGACCUUCCUGUUGACAUGGCCCAUCGCCUGAAAAAAGCCUUUGACCAGUCUGUAGAAGGCUGUCCAAUCUUGCGCACACGCAUCGUGAACGUCCCUGGCCGUGGUCUGUUCCAAGUCGUCCUCAAAGACGGUCAGCUUGUGCGUGAGCAUGGUUCAGAUCUGGCAGAGUACCUCAGGGUCGACCAAGCCGAGUCCAUGGAUCUUGGAAAAGCUCUGUUCCGUUACGGUGUUGUUCACUACGGAAGCAACGACAAGGCUCACUUCAUCAUCACCAUGCACCAUGCGGUGUAUGAUGGCUGGUCUAUGCCUCUAGUAUUCGAGCGCAUCAACCGAGCUUUUGCUGGCCUUGACACAUCGCGGCCUGUCUCUUUCAAGAACUUCAUCAAGUACCUCACCAGUCAAGAUCCCACAGUCGCCAAAGACUACUGGAAAGAGCGGCUGAACGGUGCAAGCCCACACCAAUUCCCGCCUCUGCCCCAGAAGGGCUACAUCACACGAGCCGACUCUUUGCUCGAACACUAUGUUACCGUCCCAACAACCGCCCACAACAAGCUCACCCUCGCAACCAUCAUCCGUGGUGCCUGGGCGCUGACUUCCUCGCUGUACAUGGGCCACUCUGAUAUUGUCUUCGGCGAGACCCUCACUGGUCGCUCCGCACCCGUCAACGCCAUCGAACAAAUCGAAGGACCCAUGAUCACCACCAUCCCCGUGCGUGUGCAUCUGAACCUCGACCGCCCCAUUUCCGAGUUCCUCCAGCAAGUCCACGCCCAGACCGUCCAGCAGAUUCCUCACGAGCAUCUGGGUCUGCAGAACAUCCGUCGCCUGAGCAAAGACGCGCGCCAUGCGUGUGAGCUGCGCACUGGCCUUGUUCUGCACCCGAAAGAGGACGAGAACUGGAACGAAGGGAGGACGCUUGAGAACGCACCGGGCGAUGCGUUCCUGCCCGCUGACGAUGCUGAGGCUGCGAGGGAGGCGUUGAAGUUCAACACUUAUGCGCUCAUGCUUGUUUGCACGCUUGACGAAAACGGGUUCCUGAUCAUGGCUAGUUUCGAUUCUAAGUGCAUCGCCUCGCCGGCUAUGGAGAGGGCACUUGUUGUGCUUGAUCGUAUCGUUACUGCUUUCCUCGGCAAUCCUGAGAGUAAGCUCGGUGAUGUGGCGGUCCUGGAUCCAGAGGAGUUGCAGGAUGCGCUUGAGUUGAGGCCGAAGGAUGUCAUGUUUGACAGUGGUGUCGAUAUGCUGCCAGGGCAAGUCUCAGAAAACGGUCAUGUCAAAGCACUUUCUGCUAACGAGGAAAAAAUCCGUGGUCUUCUCAGCCGUAUCCUCGGUAUGCAAGAAACAGACAUCAACCCUAGCGAUAGCUUUUUCGAGCUGGGCGGCGACUCGAUUGGAGCCAUGAGGCUCGUGUCUGAGGCCAGGCUGCAAGGCUUGAAUGUCUCGGUUGCGCAGAUCUUCCAGAGUGAGUCGCUGUCGGAGCUUGCUUCAAGUGUUGGCAACGAGAAGGAAGACAAGUUGCUGGAUGUGCUUGCUCGCAUCUUGGCUAUGCCUAAGAGCGAUAUCAGCCCCAGCGACAGCUUCUUCGAGCUUGGUGGGGACUCAAUCGGCGCCAUGCGUCUUGUCUCAGAUGCUCGCACACAGGGGCUCGGAAUCAGCGUUGCGCAAAUUUUCCAAAGCAAGUCUUUAUCCGAGUUGGCUUCUCUGGCACAGGAGAUUUCGUCAGGCGAGCCCGGAGCGAAUGUUGAUGCUCCGUUCGCUGCUCUUGGAGCUGGUGCCGGCCUGUUCAGUGCUGAUCGCAUGGUCUCAUACCUGGAGAACCCUGAGUGGGACAUUGUGGACGUCUACCCUACCCGACCUCUGCAGCAGCUUGCUGUCGAGGGCACUGUAGACUUGCCCCGCUACUCACUGCGUUACGAGCUGAUCAAGUUCGCUACGGCCAUCGACCAGAAGAAGCUCGAGCAAGCCUGCCAGCAACUCGUCGCUCGCAACGAAGUUCUACGUACUGCCUUUGUUGUCGAUGGUGGCAAGACAUUGGGUCUAGUCAUCCGCGAACUCAAGGUGCCGUACAGUGAGGUUACCGUUCCCGAAGGCGAGGACAUCAACACCUUCGCACACAGCUAUGUGCAAGAAGACAUUUUGGCACCAAAGCCACAUGGAUCGUCCUUCGUUGGCUUCACACUCUUCAUUUCGCCUUCAACGGGCGCUUCGACCCUCGCGUUACGCAUCUCGCACGCUCAAUACGACGAGAUCUGCCUUCCUCUCCUCUUCGACCAGCUCUCCGCUCUCUACACUGGCGCAUCCGUCGUCGAAACCGUGCCUUUCACCAAACAUGUAAACCACGUCGUCCUCAACAACAUCCCCAAGAGCAUCCCGUACUGGCAAUCCCUCCUCGCCGGCUCGCAGAUGUCCAUUCUGAAGCCCGACAUCCCCCUCCAAGCCAAGAAGAUGGCAGACAUCUAUCUCGAAUUCGACAUCUCGUCGCGCCCAAAGGAUAUCACCAUCGGCUCGCUCCCCACCGCCGCAUGGUCCCUCGUCCUCGCCAACCGCCUCAACAAGCGCGACGUCGUCUUCGGCGAAGUAGUCACAGGCCGCAACCUCGGCGCGCCCAGCUCUGACCGCAUCUUCGGACCCACCUGGCAGUACAUUCCCUUCCGUGUGCCGUUCAAAGCUGGCUGGACGCAUCUCGAUCUGCUCAAGUUCGUGCAAGCCCAGCACAUCGAAUCCGCGGCGUACGAGGGCAUGGGCUUGGCUGAGAUUGUCGAGAAUUGCACGGACUGGGAUGGUAAGGAGGUGACGUGGUUUGAUACCGUGGUGCAUCAGGCGCCUGCUUGGGUUGAGGAGCUGCCGUUUGGAAACGGGGUUGAGGCGAAGUUUGAGACGGUGUAUCCGCAUGCCGAGCCGUUGAGGGAGUGGAAGUGUCAGGCGUUUGUCAAGGAGGGUGGUAAGAAGUUGGGCAUUGAGAUUGUUACUUUCGAGGAGUGGAUUCCGGUCGCUCAUGAGGUCCUGAAGGAGGUUGGACACGCGCUGGAGGAUUUGCAGAAGAAGACUGGUGAGCCUGUCUUUGAGGGUGCUGGGGAGACGAAGCAGCAGUCGUUGGAGGAAUUUGAGGGUGUGAUGUAA